AUGCUUUCUUUGCAGGAGGCGUGUCUUUACGAGGGUGCAAAAAAUGCCCUAGCAAAAGUUACAAGAAUCUCUCUUCCGGGCGGCCGUGAGAAACCUUUUGGCGAAAAGCCCGAGCAAGCAUUAGAAGGCCUCAUAGAUAUGCUGGGUUUAGACGCACAGCCGGAGGCUAUCGUAUGCAAAUCCGAAAGCGAGCUUAUAGAGGUAUCAUCAUCAACUCCUCUAUUGAUGUUCCUUUGCGAAUUUGCAAUGAACCUAAGAAACGAAGAACCCUCACCAAUGGAACUCCAAGUCCUUCGCACUCGUUGUACCUUUGUGGCAUCACUGCCCGAUCGAGUAGCGAAUGCGUUGCUGAGUACAUUUGGGUCAGCAAAAACUCUUGAAACAGACUUGGAUCUCCUGGCAACUCGCAUAUGUCAGUCACUGUGUCGGUUUUUGUUCGUCAUCCAUGAAGCACCGCCAAGCAAAAUGGUGCACGCAACCUCUACCAUGAGACGAUACAAGUUUAAAAAGGAGAAUGCUCUUCUUGUAUGUGAGGUCCUGAUACAGAACUUGGUUCGGCGUGGGUUUAUUCGAACCCUUUUCCAGUGUUUUGUCAGCUCUCUAAAAGCGGCAUUGCCCUUUUUGGCCUCCUUGGAAGAAAUAGUACCACGUGUAUUUGGGACUGUUUACAGGUGUUGCUUUAAAAAUGGCGAAGUUCCUCGUGCGAGUAUGAGGAAUAUUGUGACCGUGAACCUCCACACAAAUACACAUUGGUCAGAAUGGAAUACAUGGUUCCUGCGUGUGGCAGAAAGAGACCCUGGAUUGAGGCCUAUCCUUAUAUCAUCUUUGAUCAAGAUGAUCAACAUUCCUGACAAGAAUGAAGAAGCGGCUACGGAAGCACUGGCCAUGUCCCGGGCAUUAAUGAAGGAGUUGUUCGUAACAGAAACUUCAUAUCUACCCACUGAACGGAGCCUCCUGCGCGUCAUUUUUAGAGAGGUUCUUCCAGGGAUUGUAUCUCACAGUUCAGAAAGGGGAGAAGUACCAAUUUCCGAGAUGGAAAUGGGGUUAUUCGCCGAGGCCUUCCAAAGAUGGAGUACUCGUGAUCUCAUUGAAAAGGGCUCUGUUGAACUGAAUACCACAUUGGCGAAUUCCAUUUUGUACAUCCUACUUCACAUUAAGGAGUACCAUGUUAAAGAUACAAAAGGUCAUCUUCCAGGUGCAUUACUCCAACCUCUUUUGGCUGGAAUUUCUUUACGCUUCGAGUUGGUUCGAGCAGAGAGCCUGAAGACUGAAGCAAUAACUGUGGCUUCGGUCUUUGCGACCUUCUUUGUUGGGAAUGAUGAGGCGAGGAAUGCUUUUUCAAGCUUGGAGCAGUUUCCAUCUCUUUUGAAUGACUGGUUGAAAGGCGAGGCGGACUCGACGACAAUCUCUGAAAUGUCGCCGAUCACUCCUAUAGGAACUCAUCGGGGCGGAAACAACAAGGUGGAUCCCUUUUUCCUUCGUCGGAGCAUAGAUGAUGAAGAGUAUCCUCUUGACCCGGAUGCCGCCUUCAUGUUCUUUUGUCGGAGGGAUGCUGGAACAAUGAAAAAGACUGGGACGUUGGCAACUGGUGGAACGGUUGUGUUUAACUUGGACACAAUUGUGAACCAUGGGCAUUUACCAUCCUUUGGGAAAACACGGAAUGAACAAGAUGAACUGGAGGAAAGUGUGACAGUCCUAGUGACGCUGCGUGAAUCCUAUAACGCAAUCAUUGGGGUUGGACGGAGUAGUAAUGCCCAAGUUCACGAGGUUCAACAAGCAGUAGAGAGUGGACUUCGGGGUUUUUUUCACGCCCUGAACAAGCUGAAAGAGAAACUUGGUAUUUGGAAGGAACAGAAGGUCCAUGGCGAGGUUCGAAGACUACGAGAAAAGGUUGGGAUGGAACUUAACCCCAUGAUCCCCUCCCUUCUUCCAGCACUGAUGUCACUUACUAUUCAUGCACCAGAAUCUCGACAUAAGGAAUUGAUGGAUCUGCGAUACUCUGUUAUUGUAUCGCUAGUGAUUAUUGCCCCGGAGAAUGCACUGAGUCAGCUUGGUAAGAUGCUGUACUCAAGUCACUAUGGUAUUUUUCAGCGUGUUGAAAUGGCAAAAGCCCUUGCUGAGGCAGCCAAAUACCUAUCACAGGUAGAAGUGCGCGUGGAACCAGAAGAAGGUGGAGGAGCAGCAGCCUCCCAGAAACAUGAUAUUUGGAAGGAAAAACUUACAAACAGGCGAAUUUAUCCUCCUAUACGCGAAGGAAAUGCGAAGCCCAUGUCGAUAAUAGUCAGCGAGGGAAGAGAGACUAGACGGUGGGGAAGCGCGGUAGCAGGAAGAGUUGAUCGAAAAGAACGGAUAUAUUGCAGCUUAUUGACAAAUGUAGUCCCUUUUUUUGUGUCAGCUCUUUUAGAAAAGGCUGAAAAUGAUCAUUUUUCUUUUUUGAGUGAGUAUGAUCCCUAUGUACCAACGGAAAUACUUCGGAGCAUUGGCACAGUGGUUCAGUGUAUGGCUUCAGCUCGUCACAUUGCUCCAGCCCUUUGUGAAAAACUCAUGUCAUUUGCCAUACUGGCUGCAAUUGAACAUCCACUUUCAGUUGUUCGAAAGCAAGGAUGGAUUCUCAUUGGGGAAAUUAUGAGGUGUUGGUGUGGGGCAGGUCCGCUUGUUCUGGAAGAUGGUUCUUCAUUCACGUCCCGCGGUGUUUUUGGGGGUUCUUUGUCGUAUGUCUUUUCGCAAGAGUGGUUGGAUGCUCAGCGGGCUUUGGGGACUUUGUUUGUCAAGACAAAGGACGAUCCGAGCUGUGCAGAAAUCGCACUGCUGGUUCUUGCCGAUAUUCAAGACUUGGUAAUGGCGAAAAAGGAUCUAGAAGCAAUGGAAAGUCGCGUGGUCAACACGAAAAAGAUUACCAUGACGGCUGAUACAAACAGCAAUGUCCGUGUCGCCUGA